UCUCCAGUGGUUAUUUAUUUAUACUUUCAGAAAAGUGUUCCACAAUUUCAACUACUUUCUGUUCUUCUCCAAUGUAAUGCUUGGCCUGAGUGCCUGCCUCUUCCGGCUGUUGUGCAGCGUCACCGUGGGAGCCUGGCUGAUUGCUCGGAUUGAUAGGACCAUUAUGGCUAAAGGCUACGAAGCAGCUGAUAUGGGAUACAAGACAUGGAUUGGGAUGCUUUUUAUGGACCACUAUCACACAAAUCCCAUUCUUCUUUGCUUUGGCCACCUUCUUGCAGUCAAAAGCAGAGAGAAUCAGCAGCACAGAGACACAUACUCUUGUCAUGUCGAUCAAUUAACAGAUUUUAGGGUGUCCAAGAAGGCCAGGACAAGAUGGUUGCUGCUUUAUACCCUCCUAAAGAACCCCUGCCUCUCUGCACUCAGGAAGCCAAGAUGAGGAUCUAAGUCUAUGAAGUGCCACUGCUUUGUUUUGCCUGAAUAGGUGUCAUGUUCGCCGUUUCAAUGUCUUUGAUACAUCGUAACGUUUCGCAUGUCAUUAGCUGGAUACGUGUUUCAUCUUUCAAGGGAGGAUGGGAGUACUUAUCUCUUGGCUGUGCUUUGGAAUGUGUUUGCUUUAUCUGCUAUGUUCAAGGUUACUUUCCCAGGCUAGCAGGUCUGACGAUUGCUAGCACCUGGGCCGGGCGGGGCUGUUGCCAGGGAGGCGGGAUACGUUUGCAUC